AGUGGGUAUUUGGUGCUCCGUCCAAACAGGUCCUUCCUUCCGGUGCACGUCCAUGCUGAACAGCUGAUGACAGUCUGCCGAACGGCCGUGGCACAUUUUCGCCUGUUUGUCCAAGAAUAAAGCUCAACAUGACUAAAGAGGAAGUCCAGGGGGCGACGGAGGAGGAGCAGCAGGCCCAGUCCAAGAAAGCUCUGAAGAAACAGCAGAAGGAAGCAGAGAAAGCUGCGAAGAAGGCGGAGAAACAGGCCAAGCUGGCCGCUGAACAACAAAGCACAGAGGAAGAUGACUUCGCCAAGGAUCGUUACGGCGUGUCGGCGAUGGUCCAAUCUCAACAGAAACUGGACAGGGUGUUGGUGAAGGUCCAGGACCUGACCCCGGACAAAGCCGACCAGCUGAUCUGGCUGCGUGCCCGAGUCCACACCAGCAGAGCUAAAGGGAAGCAGUGCUUCUUGGUCCUGCGUCAACAGCAGUUCAACGUGCAGGCUCUCGUCGCAGUGGGAGAUCGUGCCAGCAAGCAGAUGGUCAAGUUUGCCGCAAACAUCAACAAGGAGAGCAUCGUAGACGUGGAGGCGGUGGUGAGGAAAGUGGAGCAGAAGAUCGAGAGCUGCUCCCAGCAGGACGUGGAGCUGCACAUGGAGAGGAUUUUCGUCAUCAGCCAAGCAGAGCCUCGUCUGCCCCUGCAGCUGGAGGACGCCGUCCGGCCCGAUGGAGAAGGGGAAGAGGAAGGCAGAGCCACAGUCAACCAGGACACCAAACUGGACAACAGGGUCAUCGAUCUCAGGACCACCACCAGCCAGGCCGUGUUCCGCCUGCAGUCUGGAGUGUGCCAGCUCUUCAGAGACACCCUCAUCAACAAGGGCUUCGUGGAGAUCCAGACCCCUAAAAUCAUAUCAGCUGCCAGUGAAGGUGGAGCCAACGUCUUCACGGUGUCCUACUUUAAAACCAGCGCCUACCUGGCCCAGUCUCCUCAGCUCUACAAGCAGAUGUGCAUCUGCGCUGACUUCGACAAGGUCUUCUGUGUCGGUCCAGUUUUCAGGGCGGAGGAUUCCAACACCCACCGUCACCUGACUGAGUUUGUGGGUCUGGAUAUUGAGAUGGCCUUCAACUACCACUACCACGAGGUCAUCGACUCCAUCACCGACACCAUGGUGCAGAUCUUCAAGGGCCUGAGAGACAAUUUCCAGACUGAGAUCCAGACGGUCAAUAAACAGUAUCCCAGCGAGCCCUUCAAGUUCCUGGAGCCCACCCUGAGGCUGGAGUACACGGAGGGCGUGGCCAUGCUGCGAGAGGCCGGCGUGGAGAUGGGUGACGAGGACGACCUCAGCACACCCAAUGAAAAGCUGCUGGGCCGCCUCGUUAGGGAAAAGUAUGACACAGAUUUCUAUGUGUUGGACAAAUACCCUCUGGCUGUUCGACCCUUCUACACGAUGCCUGAUCCCAACAACCCUAAAUAUUCCAACUCUUACGACAUGUUCAUGAGGGGGGAGGAGAUCCUGUCUGGAGCUCAGAGAAUCCACGACGCUCAGCUUCUGACUGAACGAGCUCAGCAUCACCAGAUCGAUCUGGAGAAGAUCAAGGCCUACAUUGACUCCUUCCGUUAUGGCGCCCCCCCCCACGGCGGCGGAGGCAUCGGUCUGGAGAGGGUCUGCAUGCUGUACCUGGGUCUGCACAACGUCCGCCAGACCUCCAUGUUCCCACGUGACCCCAAGCGCCUGACGCCUUGAAACCAGAACCCCAGAGGCCCCUGGACUAACACACACACACACACACACACACACACACACACAGGUGAUGGGAAACAGAACUAAUCCACUAAGGGGACAGAGUGUAGGCACUAGUGCCACCGUAGGACCCUGAACGCACCACCAUGAUUAAUACCAAUAAUUAGGAGAGGAACCAGUUGAACCAGUGACGUUUAUUGACUGGUCUCAUAGCUGUCUAACAAUAACAGGUACUAGGUGUUCAUGACAAAGCCCAGGGAUUUGGAGGAAGUAUGUGGAAGUGGAGUCCAGAGUCCGUGUUUGUCUAGAUGUUUUCUGAGACGUUCAAGGGACAGUAGAGCAGUCGAACAUUUCCAUCCAGUGACUGUGUUCUCCAGCAGAGCAGUGUCCCUGCACAUGCAGGACUUUUGUACCUUAAUAAAUGACUAAAUAAGCCAAUAAAACUUGAACCAUGA